AUGAAGGUUGCCUGCAGUUCUGCCAUCGUCGGACUCCUGCUCGGAGCGGCUGUUCCAGCUGUGUACGCCGGACCUCAUGGCGGUCACAAACCCCAGAAGAAACGAGGCUACACAACCACUACGACGCUCCCUCCCAAUCCGAUGGACGUCCGAACGGAGUGCUUCCAGGUGCCGUACAGUGUCGAAAAGACAUGCUACAAGGACGAGCAGGUUUCCCGGCCCUACUCCUGUCCGUCUUCAUACUCUGAAGAAGUGUGCAGCACCCAAUGGAUGGAAUCUAACGACUUGUGCACUAAACUGGUGAAGAAGGAGGUUCAGUACCAGUGCCCGAAGGCAACGAAGCAAACCCUUUGCUCCCAAAUCCCGGUGACCCUGAACAAAACAUGCAAGAAGCAGGUCACGAACAAGGUCCCGAGCACUUGUCCGAAGGUUGUGACAAUCCCUGAGUGUGAAAUCCAGUCGAGGCCCUCUCAGGACGUGUGUUACGAGUCGGAGGCGUACAGUCAGGAGUAUGACUGCUGGGGCUCCGAGCUUCAUCGCGAAUGCGAGGUGGACAUGCGCGUCGUGGACUCUCAAUGCAACCGCGUUGUCGACUCGCCUGUGCUGUACGAGUACGAGGAUACCAUUGUUGAGAGGGUCUGCUCCACGAAACUCCACACGAAGGAGGGACAGUGCAAGAAGACAAUUCUGACAGAGGAGCAGUAUCCGUGCCCGGAGACGAAAUGGGAAAAGAAGUGCUUUGAGUCUGCGAAGCUGGUGCAAGAGCCUUGCCAGAAGCCGAUCGUCGCCCAGGAGACCUAUGACUGCAGCGAGACGAAGAGGGAGUCUGUUGCAAAGACAUGCACACGGCGAGUCCCGAAGAAGGCCAAGAUUGAGCGGUGUGCGCCGACCAAGGAACAACACAAGAAGCUCCGACGUUUGGGGCCGGCAAAGAAAGGCGGCAACUGCUUCCUCGAGGAGGUCAUUUCCGAGGAGAUCGAGUCAUAUCCGUGCACAGAAGAUGUCGUGGUUGUUGUUCCUAAGGUUUGCACGAGAGAUGUCCAGAAGACAAUCUCUGAUGUAUGCCCCAAGCAGGUGCCUGAUACCCAGUGCACCAUGGAAUCGGUCCUCGUUCCCAAGAUGUGCUCCCGCAAGAUCACCAAAGAAGUGGACGUUCCUUGCCAGGCUCAAUCUCAGCAAGAGGUGUGCCAGGACGUUCCGCGCAAGAUCAAGAAGCAGGGAUACAAGUUCGAGAAAAAGAACGAGACUUUCGCUUGCCAGAAGCACGAGUUCGAAGAGCGGUGCUAUGAUGUGAAGAAACCGGCGAAGAAUGUCUGCGCUGCAACCCUCUUCAGGACAAUCGAGAAGCCAUGCAUGCGCCAGGAGUUCCAGGAGGUGUGCAAGGACGUCGAGCAGAUGAUUGCUCAGCCCUGCCUUGAGGAGAAGCGUUCCGAAAUCGAAGUACCUUGCCCUGAGCAGAGCGUCGAGGAGAAAUGCAUUCACGUGCCAGUGUACGAGAUGGGAACCUGCUCAACUGUCAUCCAAGAAGCAGUCGAAGCUCCAUGCGCGAAACAAGAGCCUGCGUUGAAAUGCGAAGAGAAAUCGGUUGAGAGAGCAGGUACCUGCUUCCGCAAGGAGACCAUUCAGGUGCCAUAUACCUGCUAUGAAACUGCCUAUGAGGAGAAGUGUGUUCAGCUUCCUAUCACUGGCAAACCCCUGCCUCCUCCUGCAAAGAAGCUCUAA